AUGUUUGUCUUCAGAAUACUACGACAUAAUAGACGUUUAUGUUCAACAAUUAUAUUAUUACUAAUUGCAUUUUGUUUCUCUCGACUUACGUUAUAUUUAUAUCGUAAAGAUUUAAUUCAAAAUAUUCCAUCAUCGAUCAUUGUUAAACUAGACGCGCUAGUUUCUUCAACUACAAUAACAACAGAAAAAAGCAUUCUGAUAGAUGAACCUGAAUUAUCAAAGACUAUUGGAAAAAAUACUUUUGAUCAAUAUUCAAGUGAUGAACAUCUUCUUUCACUUCUUACUCAAUAUUCAAAUACAUUUAAACAAGUUGUUAUAACUAUCAUUGGUGGUGAUAGUUAUUCAUUAUUUGCUUGGGAUUGGUAUGAAAGAAUGCGUGAAACAUCAAAUAAUACAAAUAAAUGCCAUUGUUUUGUUGUUGCUAUGGAUGAAAUUGCUGUUAUAUUAGCUAUAAAACAAGGUGUACCUGUUUAUUAUUCUACAUUUACAUUUGAACAACAAAUCAAUUGGAUAAAUAGUAUAGAAGCAAAACAACAUUCUCUAUAUCGUGUUGGUCAUGCAAAAUUUGAUACAACUGCUAGAAUCGUCCGAAUGGGUUAUUCAGUUAUUUUAAGUGAAAUGGAUGUUUUUUGGAGAGCUUAUCCAUUAGAUCAUUUAAAACAACCAAUUAAUGCAUAUGAUUUACAAAUAAGUGAUCAUUUCGGUUCACAUCCACGAGUCAAUAUUGGUAUAUUUUUUGUUCGAUCUACAAAUACAUCAGUAGAAUUCUUCUCGUUUGUUGCCGAUUUUUGGUUACGUUAUGGAAAAGGUGGUUUUUUAUCUGAUCAACGUGUACUAGAUGCGUUCCUGAAAAAUUAUGAUCGUCUCGAUAAAACAUAUUUAAAAGCAAUAAAAACAAUUCCAACAGUAUACUGGGCACCACAUGCAUUUGGUUUUCGUUUUUCACAUAUGAUGACGGAUGGUAAUGCUUUUGAACUAUUUGAUCGUGCAGAAAAACUUGGAAUAAGAUCACAAAAAUAUUACGGUGAUCAAAAUACAAAAUAUUUUACAGUUACAGUAUCAAAUACUGCUAUGACGAUUAAUAAUCGAAAUCUUCUUAUUCGUGCUUUACUUAUCUUACAAUAUACACAUCUAAAAAAUCGUAUACUUAUUUUACCAGCUUUUACACAUAGUUUGGCUGCUAUUACACUUAGAUCUCAACUUGAUGAGAAGAAAUUUCUUCUCUAUUGGUCUGAUAAAUAUAUUCGUUUACCAAGUUUUCUUUUACAUAAUAAAACUCGUUCGAUACCUAUUACAAAUUUAACAUUAUCAUUGAAUAAAAAAUAUGACGAUAUAAAUGGAAUAUUAAAUUUGUCUAUUGAUUCUAUACCACGUAAUUUACCAGCACCUUCACCACAAUUUGAAGUAUUAGUUCGAGAUUCUCUUUUAUGGUGCUCACCACCAGUACAAAAUGGUAGAGGAUGGUGUAGUCAUCAUCCAAGAGAUUUUGGUGCAACAAUGGAAAUAUUAUUUGCUUGUCGAGGUGAUCCAUAUCCACCAUGUGCAGAUAAAACAGAAAAAAAUGAACAAUUUCUUUAUAGACCAUAUGAAUAG